AUGGAAGCGGCGGGCAACGGCCGCAGGGAGGCGGCGCUGGGCGCCCUCGCCGUGCUCCCCGACGAGGUGCUCUGCGCCGUCGUCGACCUCCUCCCGCCCGCCGACAUCGGACGCCUCGCGUGCGUUAGCAGUGUCAUGUACAUACUUUGUAAUGAAGAACCUCUCUGGAUGAUCAAAUGUCUUUCAAUUGGGGGUCCUCUUGAAUACAAAGGUUCUUGGAAGAAGACGGCAUUAUGCAGGCUUGGUCUAUGUUCAGAAAACAAGGAGAUUUGGCAGAAGCCUCGUCAGUUCGAUGGAUUCAAUUCUUUGUAUCUAUACAGGAGAUGGUAUAGAUGUUUUACUACUCUGAGUAGUUUUUCCUUUGACGAUGGACAUGUGGAAAGGAAAGAUGACCUUUUAUUGGAUCAAUUUCGUUCUCAGUAUGAUGGAAAAGGCCCAGUUUUGCUUAUGAAGUUGGCUGAAACCUGGCCUGCGAGGACAAAAUGGACACUGCAGCAACUGACAAAGGAUUUUGGUGAAGUUCCAUUCAGGAUAUCUCAAAGAAGUCCUCAGAAGAUAACAAUGAAACUAAAGGAUUAUGUUUCUUACAUGGAACUCCAGCAUGAUGAAGAUCCUCUAUACAUAUUUGAUGAUAAGUUUGGAGAAUCAGCACCAACGUUACUUGAAGAUUAUAGUGUCCCUCAUUUAUUCCAAGAAGAUUUUUUUGAUAUCUUGGAGUAUGACCAAAGACCAGCAUUCAGAUGGCUUAUUAUUGGACCAGAGAGAUCAGGUGCUUCUUGGCAUGUUGAUCCAGGACUGACGAGUGCAUGGAAUACUCUUCUUUGUGGCCGAAAAAGAUGGGCAUUGUACCCUCCAGGAAGAGUGCCUGGUGGUGUCACAGUACAUGUAAAUGAUGAAGAUGGUGAUGUUGACAUUGAAACUCCGACGUCAUUGCAGUGGUGGCUUGAUAUCUAUCCACACCUUCCUGAACAAGAGAAGCCAUUACACAAAGGAGUUUGCCGUGCUGGCUUACUUGCUGUUCCAGGAAAAUUCAUUAAAGAUAAUGAAAAUCAUCCAUCUGUCACAAUGAGUGGAUGGAACCACCCUGAUAUGAGUCGUAAGGAAAAAAGGCUUAAAGGUUCUGAACCACUAAGAACCUCAAAUAGCAUAAAUCAUUGUUCUGCAUUUGAGCUCUCAGGUGUUCAGGAGAGUUUGGAGAAUCAAGAUUUCUCUUAUGAUAUUGAUUUCUUGUCACAAUUCCUUGAGAAAGAAAGGGAUCAUUAUUCUUCUCUCUGGAGUCCAACUAAUUCAAUAGGGCAGAGAGAAGCAAGAGAAUGGCUGCGCAGGCUUUGGGUUCUUAAACCUGAACUGAGAGAACUAAUAUGGAAGGGUGCAUGCCUUGCAAUAAAUGUUGACAAAUGGUAUUCAUGCUUAGAGGAGAUAUGUGCAUGCCAUAGUUUACCACCACCCACAGAGGAUGAGAAGCUUCCUGUUGGCACUGGUAGCAACCCAGUCUUCAUUGUCUCGGGCAAUGUGAUUAAAAUAUAUGCUGAAGGAGGAUUAGUUUAUGCUGUCCAUGGUUUGGGCACAGAGCUUGAGUUUUAUGAUCUCCUGCAAAAAAGUGGUUCACCUUUGAUCAAUCACAUUCCUGAGAUAAUUGCUAGUGGCUUCCUUGAGUAUAAGGAUGAUAUCUACAGGACGGUUCCAUGGAAUGGAAAAGGAAUACCAGAAAUUUUGGUUAAACACUACCCGUUGGAGCUGAUGUUUCAGACAGACCAAUUUGGCCUUACAUGGUUACGAGAAAGUGCAAAGGAGAUAUUUUUGCUCGCAUCCGUGGAUAUGCUGUCAAAGACUGAUAUUCUUCAUCUUGCAUCAUCCUUGGGAGUUCAAAUGCGAAACAUACAUCUAUUAUCCCUGCCACCUGUGGAGCAUGUAUCUGAAUCUGGGAACAAUGAUGUGAAAGAAGUGGUAGGAACAUGUGAUGAUGCCACGGUCCUACCUGAAUGGCAGCAACUAGUCUAUACUCUAAAUAGGAGAAAGCAAAAUGUAAAGAAGCACCUAGCUAACUGGGGGAACUCUGUUCCACAAGUUCUAGUAGAAAAAGCUGAAGAAUAUCUCCCUCCCAAUAUGGGCUUCCUCUUCAAGUUUGUUAAGGAUGAUGGUGACUUGGUGUACCCAUGCCCCUCUUGGAUACAUUCAGAUAUAAUGGAUGAUAACAUUCUUAUUGAGGGGAUCACAAAAUUGAAUUCUUCUGGUGAGAGGGAAAGAGUUUAUGAAGCAGAUCAGGAAAAAAUGAAUGCAAUUCACAUCAUUGAUUUCAGUGAUCUGUCCAUCGGGGAUCCUAUAUGUGACAUAAUUCCGCUGCACUUGGAUAUUUUCCGGGGUGAUACUGACCUUCUCAAGGAAUUCCUAUGGAGCUAUCAACUUCCCCUUCUGAGGGGGGAAUCAGUUACUGAUGUCUACAAAUUAGUGCGAAAUUCGAAGUUCAGCAGGGCAUCAUAUCGCGCAAUGUGCUACUGUAUACUACACGAGGACAAUGUCUUGGGAGCUAUAUUCGGCUUGUGGAAGGAGCUGAGGGCUGCAACGUCCUGGGAGGACGUUGAAAACUUGGUCUGGGGAGAGCUGAAUCGGUACCAGGAAUCAUGGACUCUAGUUCGCUCAGCAUAA